UAAAUAUUUUUCUGUCUUGCUGCUUAAAACUUGAAAAGUUACCGGAGAAAUUCGGCAGUUUGCAAGCUUUAGUGGACCUCCGUGCAAACCAAACUGCUAUUAAACAACUACCAAUCUCAAUUGGUCUUUUGAGGAAUCUUGAUAAGAUAUAUUUAUCUGGAUGUGGAGGACCAUCCUCAUCAUUGACAUCACCAAAAAGCUCCAACCGCAUAAGAUUAUUACCUUCUAUUUCUGGAUUAUGUUCUUUGACAUUUCUAAAUCUCAGUGGACAGAAUUUGUGUGAAGAUGAUAUUCCCUUUGAAUUUGGAUGUUUAUCUUCACUCAUAGAAUUGGAUUUAUCAAGAAACAAUUUUCGGAACCUAACUAGUUGCAUCAGCUGCCUUCCUAAAUUAUCUCGUUUCUGUUUGAAUGAGUGUAUUGCUCUUCAAUCAAUUUCACUCCCUAGAAGUGUAGUGGAGUUUGAAGCACUUGGUUGCACAUCAUUGGAAAGAAUCUUAAAUUUGAAGAACGGGAAAUCCAAAUAUUUUAGCCUGCAUAAUUGCCACAAACUGAUUGAGAUUCAAAAUUUGAGGAGUUUUGAGUAUGUUUUCAUGGGAAGGUGCAACAAUCUAGCAUAUGAUUUUAAGAAGAGUGUUCUCCAGAUGAUGUGCAAGGCUAAAGCGCAAUAUUAUGGCACUUCCGUUUGUCUCCCCGACAUUGAGAUUCCAAAUUGGUUUAGCCAUCAGACAACCGGUUCUUUAAUAUCUUUUCGUGUACCUUCGUUUUUCACUGGUCAAAUCAGCAAUUUGCUUCUAUGCGUUGUUUAUGCAGCAAACACGGAAGGACCCACAGACUUUGACUUCAUGUGCACAUGCCGAAAUAAAACUAGAAACCCCCAAGACCCCCUCUCGUUGAGGUCUUCUUCAGCUUACUUUGAUAUCUCUGAAGAUCAUAUAUUUGUAGACGUGAUGCCAUUUAAUCGAAUUAGAUUUGAGAUGAAAAGUGGAGACGAAAUAGAGGUGUCAGUCGAAGUUAUGGUUUUUCCUGGGCAACAGAGUGAAGUGAAGAAGCGUGAAAUACAAGUGAAGAAGUGUGGAAUCCAUCUACUAUUUGAUGACCCAAAUGUUGGAGAUGGUGACAUCUCUGAAAGUGAGGAUCGACGAUUGUACAAUUGGUACCCAUGCCUCACCAAAUCCAGACCACAAUCCCCCCUCCCAACUAUAUGUUUCGAGCGGCCGUUGCGGAUAAAAAAGCGAAUUGGUAAAAUGCAUGCAUGAGAAACCGUUUCCUGCUGUCAAUCAAAUUCCCUCACAGACCGCAUCUGUCUGCCAUACGCAGCUCUUGGCUCGCCUACCCAAAGAUCAAGCAGACGACUCAAGUCAGAGGAAAUUGAUUGAACGGAAAUGUGGGUAUGGAAAAAUUGAAAUUGUUUCCUGAAUUCUUGUUUCUUCUGGGUUCUCAAAUUGCAGGGCUUCCAUGAUCAAAGUUGACUUUAAGCUAUAAUAAGUUAUAUAUCCACCUUACUUUG